GGGCCGGGGGUCCAGUUUCCGGUCCUUCCUGCCCCCCGCCCCCCAUUCUGGUCUCCCGACGUCUCUUAAGCCGGGGGCUGCGGGGUUCCCCUCGUGGGGAAGGGCGCUCAAGACAAAGAGGAUGCUGAUAAAAGCACUCGGGACAACUGAGAGUCACAAGCAAGGUUAAAAAAAGAAAGCAAAUCAAGCCAGAAACCAAGUUAUUUGUCAUUUCCUUCAGAAAACUACACAAUUUUUCUUCCACAGAAGCUGAGAAACAAAGAAUAGAAAAUCAAAAAGAAGAUUUUUUUUGAGUUGGAAUGAGUAAUUUAUAUAGAACACAAGAACACACUAUAUGAAAAGAUCAGAGGAGAUUAUUUUUCCAUUCAGAAAAAGAAGGAAAUAUCUGGAAGUCAGUGCGGAGUAAAAGGUUAAUUGAACGGUCACAUAUGGCGGACAUAAUGCAGGAUUCACCCUGUGAGGAAGAAAAUACUUUGAAUCAAAGCUCCACCCAGCAAGGAUCACACAUAUUUUUGACCUCUUCAAUAUCAGUGGUGGAAAAGCUUCACAGAUCUGCCUAUUGUGGGAAAGAAACAGAUUGCAACUCACAGCUGAUUAUGGACAACAUGAUCCACAUUGGAGAAAAGCCAUACAAAUAUUCUGAAUGUGGCAAAAGUUUUGGUCAAAACUGCUCCCUUGUGGUUGAUGGAAGGACCCACACAGAACAGAAGCCCUACCCAUUUUCCCAAUGUGAUGAAAGCUUUGGCAUGCAUGGCAACUUGGUAAUACAUCAGAGGACUCACCACAGGGAGAAAUCAUAUGACUGUCCUGAUUGUGGGAAGAGUUUCACUGGAAAUUCCCACCUCAUGAGACACCUGAGGACUCACACAGGAGAGAAACCCUUUGAAUGUCCUGAUUGUGGGAGAAGUUUCAGUCAGAAUUCCACCCUGGUGAAACAUCAGAGGACUCACACAGGGGAGAAACUCUUUGAAUGUCCUGAGUGUGGGAAAAGUUUCAGUCAAAAUUUCAACCUGGUGAUACACCUGAGGACUCACACGGGAGAGAAACCCUUUGAAUGUCCUGAGUGUGGGAAAAGUUUCAGUCAGAAUUCCAACCUGGUGAUACAUCAGAGGACUCACACAGGAGAGAAAUUGUAUGACUGUCCUGAUUGUGGGAAGAGUUUCAUUACAAAUUCCCACCUGGUGAUCCACCAGAGGACUCACACAGGAGAGAAACCCUUUGAAUGUCCUAUUUGUGGGAAGAGUUUCAGUCAGAAUUACAGCCUAGUGAUACACCAGAGGACCCACACAGGAGAGAAACCCUUUGAAUGUUCUGAUUGUGGGAAGAGUUUUAGUCAGAAUUCACACUUGGUGAUACACCAGAGGAUUCACACAGGAGAGAAACCGUAUGAGUGUCCAGAGUGUGGGAAAAGUUUCAGUCGGAAUUCCAGCCUGGUGGUACACCAGAGGAUACAUACAGGAGAGAAACCUUAUGAAUGUCCGGAUUGUGGGAAAGAUUUUAGUAGUAGGUCUAGUCUUCUAAGUCAUGUAGGUUUACACACAGGGGAAAAACCUUUCAAAUGUCCAGUCUGUGGACGGUACUUCAUGCGUAAAUCAUCUCUUAUUGCACAUGAGGAAAUCCACACAAGGCAAAAAUUGAUGACUUUAGAGAAAGCUUGAAUUUCUUUUGUGAUCUCUCAUUGGCACUCUAAGUGAGAAAUUGACUACAGGUCAUCUACUUACAAUCAGAAUUGCGCCCCAAAGUUAUGUUGCUUCGUGAGAAAUUUGUU